UUGGCAAGAAAUUUGAAAACAGGGAUUUUUCAUGCAAAUUUUCAAGUGGUGUACAAUUUUCUCCCCCUUGCGCUGGUGUGACAGUGACGGUUAGCCUUUGAAUCGCCCGUGUCGAAUUUCGAAGUCAAGUUCACCACAUUUCACCAUCGCAUGAAGACAUCGUCAGUCGGAUCGCCAGUGUUUCUCCUCAUUCUUGCUUUGACUCCACGACGACGAGAGUCUUUGUGUUUUUCCUCACUUUUGGUGCAUUUUCUUGCUAUUUUAUCAUUUACCGUCGCCUCAGUUACACCUCAAGUGCUCCCUGGCCGCGGUGGUGGUGCGAAAAUGUGUGGAUUUGGUGGAAAAGUGCGCUUCUGAGGGCUGGAAAGGCUGGAAAAGCGCGACGGACUGUUCCCCAGUGUGUGUGUGUCAACUCAGAGUGCCCAGAAUCUGUGGUGCAAUUUGUGUCUCUCUUCUUGUGUGUGCUGUGGAAAAACGGAAGUAAAAUGAUAAUUUAUCAGUUUACUGGGAAGCUCCUUGACUGAAGAGAGCGUGUGUGUGUGUGUGUCUGAAGACUGGAGAGGAAGGAAGAUCUCGACGAGGAGAGCAACAUGAGCGAGAAGACGAGCGAGUGUGAAGUUGGAUGCGACAUUGCGGGGGAGUUGAGUUCCAUCAUGAAUUCCUCCCAAAUUUCCAAUGCGUCAUCCGCUGAUGGCCAGAGCAGAGCAUCUCUCGGGAUUGUUCACAAUGUCCCUGGCAGUUCCUGCCGCUUUCCCAAGUUGGAGGAAUGCGCCCACUUUCACUACGAGCGCGUGCAAUUGGCGCCCAUUGAUGUGCGUCUGGUGGAGGAGAAGACGGAGAUCCUCAGCGCUGGAUCGUCAUCGUCUGGCGCGUGUAGCUUCUGGUUCAUCCUCAGAGUGUCUGCGCGCGAGUCCGAGGCGUUCCUGAUCAAGCGGAGUCUGGAGAAUCUCAUGAUGCUGGACGAGAUGUUCCAUCAGUGCGUGUACAAUCGCCAAGUCACCGGCUUGCCGUGCAUCCGGGAGAUCGACGGGCGGCUGUCGGAGAAGGAGACGGAGGCCCUGGUGGCGGAGUACUUCAGGCACUUCUCCUCCAUUGCGCCGGACUCGAUGACUUGCGGUCCGGUGCUGACGUGGUUCCAGCUGGACAACAAGGGCCGGCGACUGCCGGUGGCGGACACGGACAUGCGCAACAGCAUCAACACGCCGGCCGUGGGGGCGGCGUACGGCGUGCGGAAGUACGUGUCGCAGGCCUGCGAUGAGAUCUCGAUUGAGGUGGGCGACAUGAUCUCCGUGAUAGACAUGCCGAGUCCGGCGGAGUCGAUCUGGUGGCGCGGCAAGAAGAGUCACACGCAGAAGAGUCAGUACGAGGUGGGAUUCUUCCCGCAGAACUGCGUCGCCACGAUUGGCGAGAAGAUUCCCAGACACAUGCCACUGCCGGCGCCGCUCGUGGGUUCGCUGGCGCUGUCGCCGACGAAGCCAGUGCUGCGGAAGCACGGAAAGCUGAUCGCCUUCUUCCGCAGCUUCAUUCUCUCGCGCCCAUCGCGACGGCGACUCAAGGCCAGUGGGAUUUACAAGGAGAGAGUCUUCUCCUGUGACCUGAGUGAGCAUCUGCUGAACAGCGAGCAGGACAUCCCGAUGGUGCUGAAGUGUUGUGCGGAGUUCAUUGAGGAUUAUGGCAUUGUGGAUGGCAUUUAUCGGCUGUCUGGCAUCACGAGCAACAUCCAGAAAUUGAGGCGGGCAUUCGAUGAGGAGCGCAUCCCAGAUCUGCAGCAAUCGGACAUCAAGCAGGACAUUCACGCUGUGAGUUCACUGCUGAAGAUGUACUUCCGCGAGCUGCCGAAUCCACUGUGCACGUAUCAGUUGUAUGACAAGUUCGUGGAGGCGAUCCAGAGUCCGGAAGAGGGUGAGGACAAGCUGAAGAUCAUGCGGAAGACGGUGCAGAAGCUGCCGCCGCCGCACUAUCGCACACUCAAGUAUCUCGCCACGCAUCUGCACAACAUUUCGCGCCACUCCGAGCGCACAGGGAUGACAGACAGGAAUCUGGCCAUCGUGUGGGCGCCCAAUCUGCUGCGCUCACCCACGCUGGAGUCUGGCGGCGUGGCGGCGCUGCGCGGUGUCGGCGUGCAGGCGGUCGUGACGGAGUAUCUCAUCACGAACUCCGAGCAGAUCUUCAAUGCGGAAUUCACGCCGCACAGCGUCGAGGAUUCCUGCCACAAUCGCAGCUCUGGCGAUGGUGAGUGCGUGGAGUUUGGCCAGGAGCACGAUUCGCUGUCGAUUGAGCGGCCGAAGAGUCUCAAUGUGAGCGGCGGGACGAAGUUGAUCAGUCUGGAGGAGGCGCAAAUCCGACAGAAUCGCAUCGAUGCCAUGGACAAGACAAUCUCUGUCAACUCUCCGCACUCCGGAUGCAUGUCGUACAUUGAAGUGGGUGGCGGACCGAGUAGUCUGCCGGACAAGUAUCACACAGUUCUGCCAGUUCCCAGGAGUUGGCAGAAGAGAAAAACACACUCGUGGAAGUCAAUCUUCAGCAGAACACCCAGACAGUCCAAUGGAAGCACAAGUACGCCGACGUCGAAGGAUAUCAGGGUGAUUUUGACUCCUUCCCAGGAUGAGGAUGACCUGAAGACCAUCACUUCGCCGGAUCCAGUGACGCCAAUGGAGGAAAAGUCCUCCAUCAGCAAGGCCUCUGAAAUGUGUGAUAGGAAGCCAAUGACGAUGGAUAUCUGCAUUCGGUCUAAUUCCGUGGACAGCCUGAGGACAACUGGUCACAGUCGAUCAGUGUCUCAUGAUUCCUACUUUGAUCUCCUCCAAUCACCUCUGCGAGGAAUUGUCAACUGCCCAUCGCGGGAGUUGUCAGAGUUGGGACUCAAUUUUGACCGGGAGGAGCCUGAGAUGCGCAUCUUCUCGGAGAGUGAGAGUCUGGUGAGUAGUCCGAAGGUGGCCAAGGAGCCAGCGACGAUGACUGUGCCGCGUCGUGUGCUUCGGGCGCGUCCGGAGGAGUUCACAAGCACGGCGAACAGUGUGAAUCCCAGUCCGAAGAAGCAGCCUCGUCUCAACUGCCAGAGUCCACACACCUGGACCAUUCCGACCAUUGUCUCGGACGAGAGCUCGUGCAAGAGGUACAAACUGGAGGAUCAACUGUCUGACAUUCAGUUUAUCGAUUGCGGAACGCCCGAACACGCCACGCAAUACACAAGUGCGCAGAUCCACAAUCCGCCAGACGCUGCUGAGUCGCCGGCGGACACUCCCACGCCCACCACCAGCACAACCCUCCUGGAUGACUUCCUGGCGGACUCACCAAUGCUGCUGGGCAGUGCCAAUCGCUUCAGCUAUCCGCAGUAUGAGAAGACGGCGUUCGGGAAGUACGAGGGACGCUUCAGCUAUCCCGGACACAGCAGGAAUGUCAAGUUCGGCAGUGUGGCGAAGGACAAGGCGCCGGAGGAGGAGAUCAAGGUGCUGGAGAAGAAGGAAGAGGUGAGCAAGAGUCUCAGUGUCGUCACGCCGCCAUCGUCGCAUCACAGCCCGAGAUAUUCACUCCUCGUGGGCGAGACGAGCUCGGAGAACAGCAGUUCUGUCACCACGACGCCCAUGUUUGACGUGGACAUCUCGUCAUCCGCCACGAAAGACAGCCUGACGCAGGACAAGAAUUCCCUCAAGGAGAUGAAAACCGUUGACAUCUUGGCGCUGAAGAGGAAGUUCUCGCUGGAACUCGAGGCGCCGAGUGUCCAGAUGGAUGUGGACGCGACGAAGCUGCAGCUGAGCUCACAGACGUCCGGCAACACCAGUCCGUCGAUGACGCCCAGUGACUUUGACUAUCAGCAGCUGAAUCGCGGCGGACAGGAAGUGACGUCGCCGGAGAAAUCGCCGACGGAGGUGAAGAAGGCCACAACGCCCAUCAGAUCGACAAUAAGCAUCACGUACAAUCUCAAGUCGCCGGUGAAGAAGGCGCCGAGUGUGGAGAAACUGGUGCCGGAGCACGAGGAUUAUGAGAAGAUCGAGUUCGGCGGCGGCGGCGAUGCUGAGAAGGCGCCGAGUGUCCUGGAGACGGAUCUGGAUGAGAGUGUUGUGUAUCAGUCGGUGAAGUUCUUCAAGAGUGCCGUCUCGGAGGUGAAUCAGCUGUUCGAGCAGGCGCAGGAGAAGAUCCUGGCCGAGGAGGUGGAGGAAGAGGAGCCGGAGUCUGAUGGCAAUUCCAUGGUGGCGAAGGAAGAGGAGGAGGAUGAGGAGGAGGAGCAGCAAAUGGUACCUGACAUAGAUAUGAAGAUUAUUAGUCAAAGUGAUGAAAAGACUGACGGAAAAGGGAUGAGCGGGAAGACAUCGCCGGAAGGCGAUGCUCCAAUGCCACUCACGGAUGACUAUGAGAUUAAGGACAGCCUGGAGUUCGACACGAAUCUCUCGCUGUACGAGAAUGUGGAGAUGAAGAAGCCCGCGACGGUGUAUGAGAAUGUUCGUGUGGCGUCCGGAAGUGUGCUGCUGAUGGAGUGCAAUGCGACGGAGGAGGAGCCGCCGCCGAAGGAGGUGCAGAAGAAGGAGAAGAAGCCCAAUAAUUAUCUGGUGAAGCAACUGGCGACCAGAUUUGAGACGAGUCCCGUGGAGAAUCAGCCGCCGUUUGACUUCAGCAAGUGUUCGGGUGGCAGAAUCAAGAGUCCGCUGAAGAAUCACAUCAGCAAACCACUGGCGGAGACGCUGAAAGUCACGCGGAGUCUCGAUGAGAAUGCCUUCAUCUGGGAAUUUGGGCCGACGGCGAAGCUGACGGAGAAGUUCAGGAAUCGCAGUUCACAGCAAAUCCCAGAGAUCACCAGUGAGAAUCUGCGGCGCAAGAGUUUGGAGUUCACGCGGCCCAAGAGUCUGAAUCCGCCGAAGAAGCUGCCGGAUCUCACGACCACCAGCGAGGAGAUCUGCAAGAACAAGCUGAAGAUUGAGCUGAACAAGCUGAGCGAGGAGGAGGCGCCGCAGCACGAGCUGAAGAUCACGCCGACGACGGAGAAUAGGAUUUCGCUGAUCCAGAACAACUUCACGCUGCUGCCCGAGGAGCGCCUGAACGUGUCCAUGCGCGUCCUGGGCAACUACAAGCUCGACCGUGAGCGGAUUGAGAAGAUCAAGGAGGAGCGGCGCCUGCAGCUGAGCGAAAAGUUCCGCAGCGAGAGCUUCAAGUCGCUGGAGCGCGACAGUCACGCCAAGUCCAAAUCCAAGUCGGAGCUGCGCGAGAGCAAGGAGAACGACGACAGCUUCCGCGUGCGCUCAAAGUCGCGCGGCGAGAUUCAGCGCGACGAGAGCAAUCGCAGCGACGAGUUCAUCUUCUCCUCGUCGCUCAGCAGGCGGAUCAAGCGCAACGACGGCGCCUCGUCGCUCGACUGCGGCCUCAAUCAGAGGCUCGGCGCCAAGGACGCCAUCAGGGCGAUCAAGGACGACUUCCAGGACGCGCCCGAGAAGAGCCCAACGAAUUUCAAUCAACGAGAGAAAUGUUCACCCCAGUUCUCGAUCAAGGACGUGACGGCCAUGUUCGAGUCUCGAUCGCAGAAUCAGCAGUAAAACAAGGAGAAAUUUGAGAAUUCUGUCCUGGUGGCAAAAGAGGGUCAGAAUUGUUGAUGGAAAACUUGAUUAUUUGUGCUCUAAAAUAUAUUUUACUUUUCGUCGCGCGUAUUUUGUUUAAGAGUGAAAAGAAAGAGAUAAAAAAAAUCUAAAGCUUUAAUUAUGAAGAAGAAAAAACUUGAAUGGCAAACUUUGAAAGUGAGAAAGUUGCUUAUUUAUCGCGCUUUUUGUACUUUUUGGCGAGUGUCUAUUGAAAGAUUUUAUCUGAUAAGAAGAGAAA